UGUGGCUCACUCCUUGCUGCCAAUUUUAGGUGGUGCUAAAAUUCUUGUUGACUCACUUUGCUUGUUUCUACGGAGCAGAAAACAAGACAAAUGAGACUCCAAGCUCUCUGCUUGUUUUUAAUCAGUGCCAGGAUCAUACAUGUAGAGGCUCAAACCACUACUCCUACUGUGUCCUUACUCUCUGGAGCAAUCAGGCUCGCUAGAGACGGGGUUCCUUCCAGCUCCUACUCCUCAGGCAGGGUUCAAGUGUAUGGUAUUGCCGCCGCUAAUUCAGCCUCUAACAGGUGGGGAAACAUUUGUCGUUUCACCUCAUUUGGCGCAAGUGAAGCUGACGUGAUUUGUCACCAGUUAACGUACACUGGAGCCUCUUCUCACUCUUAUGCUGAACUUGACUCGUUUGGUAAUGAUAACUAUACUGCACUACUGAAUGACGUAUCGUGUUCCAACGACAAUUACUUGAUGCUAUUUCAGUGUACAGUCAGUACUACAGUCAGCACUUUAUGUACUGCUAGAGAAGAUGUAUCAGUAACAUGCUAUUCUACCCGUAUAUGGGACGACCCGUACAAUGGUAUGGUCCGUCUAUCACAGGGUGACUACGUGAACACUGGUCUACUGGAGGUGUACUGCAAGGGAGAGUGGGGGACUGUGUGCGACGAUACUUUUGGAGCAGAGGAAGGAACUGCAGUCUGUAGACAACUAGGAUACAGCAGUUACUAUAGAUACGGACAUUUGACACUUGUUGGCAGUACAGAGCAGCCCAUUUGGUUGAAUGAGCUCAACUGUGUCUCUGGCGACAGGUGCCUAGCCGACUGUCAGAGGUGUCCCGGGUCUGCAGUUAGCACUUGUGUCCAUGCACAAGAUAUUACAAUCACAUGCUAUUCCCCAACUGCUUCUGGCAGCUCAAACACAAUUGGACUUUGCAAAUAUAACAAUAAUGCCGUCAUUAUUGGAGCAACAUUUGGUUCUGUAGGAGGUCUGAUAAUUAUAAUAAUUAUUAUUGUACUGAUAAUUCGUGACAAAGAAAGGAAAGGUGAGACUCACAUCAGACGUGACUUCAAAGCAUGGAAGGCAAGAAUGAGACCUCGCUGGCUGAAAGUUAAGUUGUGUUGUCAAAAACUCAAAUGUAAGCGAAGACCCCGCCCACCAAGAGCAGUACCCACACAUCAACCAGCACCUGCAGCAGUUGAGCUUACCAAUCAAUCCUCACCACCUCAAGCUAAUCCACCAGCAGCAGCAGCACAAAGUGCACCUCCACCAGCACCACCACCAGCAGGACAGGGGGUACCUCCACCCUACAGUUCCAAUUAUCCAUAUCCAGAAUACCCACCUCAACCUUAUGGUGCUUAUCCUCCUCCUCCUGGUGGUGCCUAUCCACCUGCUGCUGGUGCCUAUCCACCUGCUAGUUACCCUCCACCAGGUCCCAGCUAUCCUCCUGGACCUGGUGAUGAUGAUAUGAGAAAGGACGAGCAUUUCAGGAAAGAAGAGCCGCCAUCUUAUAAUGCUAACUGGUCCCAUCCCCCGACCUCAUGAGAACACAGUACUAUGAUACAAGGGUUGUAUUGUCAGUGCUAAAUUCUGUCUUUUUAUUACAUUUUGCGAUUGCUUUAUUUAUUUUAUUUUAUGUUUCAUUGCCUUUGCUAUUCUCUUAUGUUAUGUUGCUCUACAAAAAACUGGUCUUUUUAAUCCUCUUUUAAAUAAAUAAUAUAAAUAAUAAUAAUUCAUUCGGCAAUUAUAGUUCACAAAAAAGUUCGAUACAAAAUUAGA